AUGAACGCUGACGAGGCUGCUGCCGAGCGCCGCAAGGCCCGCACCUUCAAGAAGUUCUCCUACCGUGGCGUCGAGCUCGCCCAGCUGCUCGACCUCGACUCGGCAGCCUUCACCGAGCUCGUUCACGCGCGUGCCCGCCGCCGCUUCCAGCGCGGCCUCAAGCGCAAGCCCCUCGCGCUCAUGAAGAAGCUCCGCAAGGCCAAGACCGAGGCUCAGCCCAACGAGAAGCCCGCCGUCGUCAAGACCCACCUCCGUGACAUGAUCAUCGUCCCCGAGAUGAUUGGAUCGGUCGUCGGAAUCUACAACGGAAAGGUCUUCAACUCGGUCGAGAUCAAGCCCGAGAUGGUCGGCUUCUACCUCGGCGAGUUCUCGAUCACCUACAAGCCCGUCCGCCACGGUCGCCCGGGUAUCGGUGCCACCCACUCGUCGCGUUUCAUCCCCCUCAAGUAA